AUAGUCUUCUGACGUCACUGUAAAUAAACCCCAAACAUCAACAAAGUGUCGUGACUGGUGAAACGUAGAAGAUAUAGAAAUACUUCUGAGAGCUAUUUCCCACAUUUGAGCUGUGUUUCUCAACAUGGCGUCAACACAGAGGCCAGACCAAAGCGAGGACCUCAAUGACUCGUGGGUGGAGCUACAGAACCAGGCCAUGGCUGCUGGUGAACCUGUGCCAUCAGUAUAUAAUGGAAACCUGGAGAAACUCCUGAUUGAAGCCCAGAGAGAGUCCCGCACACCCUCACGCCCAAACAGCAAGGAGUCCUCGGCCAGGGGCAGCCCCAAAAGCCCACACAGUCCCAACUCAGAAUGGGCCGCGUCAGACUGGAGAUCCAGAACUGAGGACCCCGGUACAGACUGGAUCUGGGACUGGUCAAGCCGUCCAGAAGUGCUGCAACCAGGGGACUGGAACGGUAAGUUCCGCCACCCGACAGCGAAGCCCCGCAGACACAUGAUGAGCAUGAGGAACACAAAGGUGAUGAAGAAAGGCGUGUUUAACUUGGAGAACCUUCCCACGCUCCUACUGACCCAUGCAGCAACCUUUUUCCUGGGAGCUGCUGUAAUGUUCAUGUAUAUCAAAAAGUACUGUCAUCUGGCUGUGAUUGCUCCUCCGACUAUGGACUGAUUGCUCCUCCUACAAUGGACUGAUUGACAGGUGUCAAAAAUACACAACUGGUCUCAGCUUGGUCCCAGUGUACGGAGAGAAAGACAUUUCAGAGCAGCGAAAUUCAACACAAAUUCUGCUCCAGGCUGAGACAGGACAGUCUUGCCCUUGUACUGCGAAUAUCAAGAUAAUAACAAAACGACACAAUCUAUAACAUAUAAUGUGUGUAGCAACGUGUAAAACAUUGAUAUUUAGCUGUAAUUGUUUAAUGCUGUUCAGGUAUUUCUCAUUGUAGCUGUGGUAAUUUCAUUUCCAGGGGGAUUUGUUGAUUAGGUGUUAAAUUUGUUUUGAAAAUACUUUUUAUAAUUUUAAAAAAAAGGCAAUUCAGGUUUUAAUCAAUAUUGUUAACUUUCCAAUUCUUUUGUUUUGUUUAUGCCAUUCACAUUGAUAUUAAAUAUGUCAGCAAACAUGAUAAUGGAUUUAUUUGUUUUGUGCUUUGGUGCAUGUCAGCAAAAUCUUAAACUAUUUCUCGGGUCAUACAUAUUUUAAUAUUGAGUGCAUUUUCAUGAAACAGGGAACGUUGAUUUUCCUAUUGUCAAAUGCUAAGAUUUCAUUGUACUUAAUAUUGAAAUAAAUAAUUUAAAUAGUUCUCAUUAUCUGUUUAAUUGCAAUAUUCCAGUAUCAAUGAUUUGAUGUUUAACUGGUAUUGUCAUCUUGACCACAAGGUCCAAAUUGCAAAUGGCCGCCCUCUAGCCCAUGGUCAGUAGAAGACAGUGGUGUUGGGUUGAGCCUACAAUAUAAUUAUGAUCGCCAUGACACAUAAGCAGACCCAGACAAAGUGCACACCCUCCCUUUUUGAAGAACUCUGAACAUUUAUACAUUAUCUGUACAAACUGUGAAGUGAUUAUAACCAGUUACAACCCUUCUGGGGAUAUUUGUUUACCCAAACAUUGGUACCAUAUUAAACAUAUUUCCAGGAUUAUUUGCAUACAUGUCAUGCUUAUAGUUCAACAUUGGAGCUUUAAGUUUAUCCCCCUUUCCAAGUGUUAUAUCUACACUCCAUAGCAAACACACUCAACUGUGUUUUCUAUAGGUAGGCGAGUGAUUUUGCACACUGUAACGUGUAUGUGUUUGAACAUGUAACACUUGUUUUAUACAUGAUGGCCUCAAAUUUUAUAUCUGUGAGACGCUUAUGCCUGUAAAGCUGUAAAGAUUUAUUCAUUGUCAUAUCAGUGAUUUAAUGACUUACAUAUGGAUCCGCCUCUAACGUUUUGCACAGUUAAUUAUCUUUUAUGGUUCAAAUUUGAUGCUGUGAUUUGUUCAUCAGCAGAAUUAGUUUAAAAUUUGACCCAUUUUAAGAUUUCUGUGCUUUACAAACAGGGGUGUAGGUAGCCUAGUGGUUAAAGCAAUCGCUCAUCACGCCGAAAGACCUGGGUUUGAUUCCCCACAUGGGUACAAUGCGUCAAGCCUAUUUCUAGUGUCCCCCGACGUGAUAUGGCUUGAAUAUUGCUAAAAGUGGCGUAAAACUAAAACUCACUUUCUCACUGACUUUUGCAAACAUCAAAUUCACUUAUGAGCUGAAGAACUUCUUUGCUGAACUUUCUCACGAAUGUUUACUUGAUUUUGUGUGCUUGAAACAUUAUGAAGCAAGUUUACUACUGUGGUGAAGUUGUCAGUGUUUGUUACUGUCUAGUUUGUGAAGUUCUUAUUAAUGUUCAUGUGUUGUAUUUGAAGACAGCUAGCGUGUGGUUAGAAUCACUGUCCCCUGGGACAUUUUGCUGCAACCACUUGUCUUUCAAUAUAAGCUGCGAACUUCAUAUUUGCCAAUAGACCAUGAUGCAACACAACAAGGAAUAUUACAAUAUCGUUGUGAUGUUAAAUCUCCAUGUUAUAAAUAUUCAUAUUUUCAUCAUGACUUUUUGCAGUAGUCAUUUAUCAUUGUCUAAUAAUGUUUGCAUGAAGUCUUCAUAAAUUGAAGUAAGGGAAAUUUAAAUAAUAAUUAUAAUAAAGUUCAUGGUAUUAAUUACUGGAAUAUUUCAUGAUUAGAGUUCAGUCAUUGAUUUAGUGUAUUAUUUGGUGGAAGUUCAUUUUCCUUGUGAAAUUGUAUUCUUUUCAAAUUGCCUGAUUAACCAGGUGCCUUUGCAUGUAAGGGAGGUAACUCUAGACUAUUCUACACCCAAGAUUUUACCUUCAUGGCAUUACACAGUUAUAAUUAAUUUGAAGGGAUUAACAUGUAUUUUAACGAGAAUGGCAGUAUAAAUUAGACUCAAUAUAUCCACUUCUGCCUCCAGCUAGCCCAGGGAUUUGUCAUAGCUGCAGGUUUUCAGUGUAUUGGUGACAUAACUGUUUAGAUUUGUUUCCAAGUGCUGAUUGUUAUGUAUGAUGUUAAAAUAUGAAUUAGCUUAGAAUUAUAUUUAGUCAUUUUGGAUGUAAAUGUAGCUUUAUAUGAUUAAAUGUAGGUUUAGUAAAACACUGUUUUCUUAAAAGUUGUCAUGUUGUCAGGACUGGUCCUGUUUUGCAAGCUGUUACCAUGGUUACACGAGUGAUUCUCUGAUUGAUAAUUCACCCUAAUUGCUUUCAUGUUAGCUUGUUUGCCAUACAUUGCCAUGAGUGUAAGAUACAUAGACUAACACUUCGUCUGUUAAAUUAACUUUUUUUUUCUUUCUUUUUUUCCAAAAAGUCCUUUCUUGUCAUGUUUUUUCUGAUAUGGAAUCAAGAAAACUAGACUUGUUUCAAUGAGAUCUGAAUUUGCCAAGACAACUGAUUUUGAAAUAUGAAUUCCUGAGUCAUAUUAGAUAUUUCUAGGAUGUAGGUACUCACCAUUUUGGAGUUGCUUUUGUUUAAAAAUAUUGUUUCUGUAUUUUCAUUUGUAUCUGCUUAGUGUUCAAUGUAGUCCAUUGCUUUUGUUGAAGUGCUAUCUUUGCAUCUAAGAUAAAUCAGCAUUUUGUCAACCUCAAGUCUAACAGUGCUAAUCCACCUUUUAUCAGUCAUAAAUUUUUAUUUCACAAAUAUUGUGUAGUUUUACCUUUUUGUGUUCUAGAUUAUCGAAGCAUUUGGUGUUUUUAGUUUUUAUUACCAGUAUCCAAGACUUUUUCUCAAUGUAUUUAUUUUGUGCAAGUAUUACGGUGAUCUGUAAAUAUGUUGGUCUUCAAUCACAAAAUUGUUUUAACGAUGACUUGUUUAAUCUUUUAGAAUUUAUUGAAAGAUUUUAUUCACUGAAGCUGUCUGUUCCUCAGUUGUGAGUGUUAAAAUGUAAAAUAUUUUCAUCAAAAUGCUUCAUAUGUGCAAAAUGGAAACAAAAUUGGUUGCAAAUGUUUGUUCCAAUAAAAAUGAAAAUGAAACGAUUAAUACCUCAUAAAAGAGGUAUCAACAAAAUUAUAUAACUAAACUUAAAUAUAGAUCUGAAAUGCAUAUAUCUUUGGAUCCCUCAAAUCCAUACUAAGCAAAUACCUGUUUUGACAAUCAGCUGACAAACAAUAGUCAUUGGUGUCAUUUGUAAUUUGACAGUUUCCAAGGUUGUGUAUUGCUGUAUAUGGGAGCAGGUUUUAAGGACUUGAAUAUUUCGAAAAAUGUGGCUUCAUCAAGUUUUUAUUCGAUGUUAAGUAUACAAACAUUGUUUUUGGAUGAUAAUAUUUGGUAAACACAAAUAUGAAUUUGUCACUAGACUAUACAAAAUAAAAAAUAUCAUCCAGUGAGACAUCUUUUUGUCAUUAGCUGAGGAAGAUGGGCCUCUGAUGACGUUGUCGGACGAGGAUUUCGAGAAUGCCACAUUUCCAUGAGGUUCUUUUUACCGGUGAUCCAGUAAGGUGACUUGACAGGGGUAGUGUGCAGUAAGACGUGUCCAAAAGUAACACUUAAUAGGAUUUGCAUUUACAGAUCCAGCUUUUCUCUAGUAUUGGUUCCAUAUGAAAUCACGGAAAAAAUACUAUUUUCCCAAAAUGGAUUUGACACUUUCAAAUAAUAUUGGUCCUUUUAUAAAGUACAAUUUAGAAUACAUAAACGGUAAUGAUAUUCACAUGAACAUGAAUUGAACUUCACAAUGUCAGCUUAUGCUCUUAAGGUCCUUGUACUAAGAGCUUUAUUACAAGAGUUCCUGAUCAUCACGGUCAAACAAAGAUUGAUCUGGUUGUUGCCUGUGAUGGGCUAUUUCAAUGGUGCUGAGCAGGUCUGUCACAAAGAAGGUGUUAGGCAUGGGAGCGGUUUAUCGCGUGUACGCACAAUUUAUAUUCCUGUUUCGUGAUUGUGCUAAAUUCAUUCCCAACUAUUUUCAUGAAGCCAUUUUGCUAUCCGUAAACCAUCCUUAAGUACCCAGGGUACAUCUCUAUUCUUUAAUAUAUACCUCAAACCAAUUUCUUACCAUUGCUUGUUUUCAGCCAUAUUUAAAAGGCAUGCUGCUAAAAAUAGCUAUCCAAUCAAGCAUGAGGAAGAUGCUGACGGUGAAAUCUCUUCCGAAACAAAAAUUGUAGACUUUCGAGGUUAUAUUAAAAUAGAAGAAAAUUAUGCUACUUUGUUUUAUACGACCACACUUACUGCUAUCGCGUAACAUGAACUAUAGUGUUAUGAACAAAGUUCAAGUGUGCGUUAUUAUUUCUGAGUAGUAUAUAAUGCCCUGAGUUAUUAAGGAUGUCUGUAAUCCUGUCUUACAAGGACGAGCCUCUGUAAGACGUAAAUAAACCACAGUUAACAACAGCGUAGCCAGGGGUCGUGGGAUGGCGUACUGCUGAUCAUGGGGUGUCAGUUUGUGAUCAGCGACUUCCAGGGAGGCGGGUUGUCACGAUUGUGCAUGCAUCUUUAACUGCAGGUUUUCCUUGCAAUGUGUGUUCUUUCAAUAAUGUAUAUGUUUCUUGUAUUUGUAUUUGGACAAAUAAAAAUGGUUAACUUGGACAUUUGAACCUUUUUAAUGACAGGUCUACUAGUUUUCACAUGUAAAAUCAAAAGUGUGUAAUAAAAAUGUCCUAGUCAGUGA